GGACGGGCUCGGUUCUCCCGGCGGAGGGCGGAUCCUUGCCCUCUCCUCCCUUGUUUCGCUGUCCUCGCAGCCGGCCGCGGCCUGACAGGAGGCAAGGCGGAGCAGCAGGCCGCACCGAGAGGUCGCCGCGGCCUGCCCCGGGCAGCCCUUCCCGCCGCUCUGCUUUGCCAGCCCCGUGGGGCUCUGGGAAGCUCAAUCUCUACCCCCCCCCCCCUUCCUGCCCCGAAUUGGGCAGGAAUUGGGAUUUUUAUCCCCAGCUCCUGACCUGGGGGUAGCUGGUGGCGGUGCCACAGCAGCAGGCUCUGCCCGCUGCCAUGGUGUGAGGCAGCACCAUCGCUAGACAUGGGUUGGGUUUCGCAGUAGGGCAGGGUCGAUGCCGCUUCGCUGUGUGGGAAGCGUGGCUGUGGUCACUGGAGGUGAUGCUGGGGCCUACGCGCCAUAGGCCAUGUCUCUCGUGGGGCUUCUUCACAGCACAAGUGCUCUUGAUGCAAGGAACGGCAGAAAUAGUUUUGAGAUUCACCCUUUAAAGUAUAUACUUAGCUUUGCGGUUUCUUAAGAGCGAGGCUGUUGUCGCAUGUGUAGGAGAUGUACAAACAGAUUGAUGCAGUUACCCAAUUAAGAUUUCUGGCAGUCUUUGACAGCAUAAAGAGGUGUCAAGCGUGGCUGAUGUACAUAUCAGGUGAAUAGUUACUUCAUUUCUUUGAAAUGGAAAAAUGUGGAACAGGAAUGCCGGUCCCGUGCCUAGGCUUCGUGAGGGGCAAAUGGCAGAUUUACGUCGCUCAGGGUUGAACAUAAGUUGUCAGUGUGCCUCAAACUAGUGAUAAAUAUGUAGUGCUAGCUAGCUACACUAAAUCUGAAACAGGGAUGGGAGCUUCAAAAACACCAAUCAAUCAAAAAUAGACUAUUAAAGUGAAAGUUGUUCAUGAAACGGGUAUCUCUUGAUCUGCAAGUCUUUUGUUGCACAUCCUUCAAACCCCAUGCUUGGACCUUAAAUAGGUGGAUUUUGGAGCCUCUGCUAUUGCAAUUAGCUUCUUGGAUAGUCUUAGAAUCCCAUGUGAGUCCACAGAUGAUGGAUUAAAAUAUGCAGUGAGUCAUAUUAAAUUGGUGCCAAUUGAAAUGCACAGGUUGUAAAUCACUGCAGAAUUUGACUCAGUAAAUAGCAAUCAUAAAUGUAAUACUUUGCAAUUCUAAGCACUGCGUCUAUCUUAGGUUAUUUCCUUUUUUCUUUCUGAGGAACAGAAAACACUUCAUAAAAUACUGAUUUACUGGUCUUUGCGGGAAGCCUGGAAAGUGACACUCCAUUGGUGUCCCAGCUUUUAACUGGCUAAACUAAGUUAUAGGGGGGGAUGGAUGAGUUGCUUCUGAUUGUGCGUGAAAGCUGUGGUAGAGCCAGGAACAUAAUCCAAGUCUCCUGACUCCUGGGUUUGAACUUUAAAACCAGAUCAUGUUUCCUUUGUGCUUUCAGUCUGUAUACUGACCUUUAGGAAUCGUAUUUACCUACAAGUUCCCAGAAGAGAUCUACUUUCCCUUGACAUGCUUUCCUGGUAUCAAUUACACUUUUCUUCUGAUGAAUAUUUUGAGCAUAUAGAAUACACGGAGAGAGCAUAUGAAAAUGGAAUUUCCUGUGCAGGCACUGGGGGCCAGGUCUGCUCCCUGUAGACUGCAUUAAUAGGUAAUAGGAAGUGGUGGAUGUGGAUCCACCACUUAAUGCUAAAGAAACACUGUUUCCGUAAAUACUUAUACACAUCCUUCCUUCAGACCUCACUGCAGAGGAGGGAGUGAUGGUGCCCACAGUGCUGAGGAUGGAGAGGGAUCUGUGCUGGGCACAGUGGGAGGGUGCUGCUCUGAGAUUCUCCUUUACAUCAGACUAUUUCAGUCUCAACACCUUCCAAGAAGCAAAGGACUGUUCCCCUCUUCUCAUGUCUCUGUAACGUUAAAGAGGGAAUAGAUAAAGAAGAAGAAGGAUGUCUGAAAACUUUAGAAAAUGCCAAGCUACUGCUGUAUGGAUGACUGCCUUGCAAAACUGUGAGAGAGCUCAACCAUAGAGACCAGCAAAUCAGAGUGGAAAGAAACCUGAGCAAAUCAAAAUCAGGCUCCACGGGCAAAGAGAGAUCACCUUAUAUGGGAACAUCAUGGGCAAGAAGAUGAAUACGUCCGGCCGAGCUGCUGAGACUGAGCCUGAGAUUUACAGGUCCCACCUCGACAGCUCUGCAUCUUUACAUCUCCACCUCCUGUGUUUACAGUGUCAGAUGGUGGCCUCAUACCUGCUCCUUGGCCCCCUUGGACCAGAUGCAAAUAGUUGGCUUGCAGCACACUGACCAGCUCUGGCUCAUGCAUGAUUCUGGGGAGUAGGAGAAGCUGCAGCCAAAGUAUGUGCCAUGUAUUGGUUCUGCUGAGAGGAGUAGUGGCUUUAUCACUCCCUUUUAAUCCCAUGACCAAUACAAUACGGAUACAUGACCAGUUGGAUACAAAACCAAUCUAAGACCACAUAGGAUGGUGUCCCAUGCAAUGUGAGAUAAGCUGGAGAUCUCCGUGGUCACUGAUGACCCAAAAUCUUGCUUUACCAUUGCUCUGUGCUUUGCAUGGCUAUUGCAACUCCUCCAAAGUGGGUGUUGCAUGCAUCUGCCCAGUCCAGAAAUGCAUUAUACCUUCUUUGCAGUGGUGCAAAGUGUUGGGUGGUGGAGAGUCAGGCCCAGAGAAGGUCAGCGUGACACUGGCUUCCAUCCAUUUAGCCCCAUCUCUACAGUUGUCCCAGUGUUACUUCAGACUGGCAGAGACGAGUAGUACUGAGGAGAGAUGGUGUCAUCAACAGAAGGUGACAGGAACAGUGCUGAGCAAUCAGUUCUGCAACUCCAGGGUGAAAUUUGGUGCUUUUUCUGGGAACAAACCAAAGGACAUGGCUCUUCAGGCAGUUCUUGAUUCCAUCAACUGCCGUUCUUUAAAAGGCCUGUGGUACCAUUCUCAUACAGGUUUCUGACUGUGCCUUUAAGUGGGGUGGCCUGAGAAAGAUGCAGGGGUGGAAGAAGACAGCACCAGGCAGCUGCAGUUUUCAAAAGCCAUUGUAUACUGAUCGCUUACAGACUCUAUCUGGAGACGGAUGAAGUUAACAGCUCAGUUUGCACUGCUGUGAAGGAAGUGGCUUACACAAACAACAGGAUCUGGGAUACAGCAGAAUACACUAUACUGAUGCACGCAAUAGACUCUUUUUUCGUGAUGACCAACACCACUGAGACAGAGAAUCAGCUUGAGCAGAGGUGCCCUGAGUAUCACUUUGCCAAAGCUAUCUGCUCUGCAGAAAAGUCCUGUGAAAAAGGGAGUGUAGAUAUCCACAGUGAUGGAAUUCAAACAGGAAGAUGUGUGAAUUAUAAUGCAACUGUUAAAACCUGUGAGGUCAGGGCACGGUGCGCUGUGGAAUCCAUGGCAAAACCCCCUGAGCCUGCUGUUCUGAGGAGUUCUGAAGACUUCACUGUGCUAAUAAAGAACAACAUUCACUUCCCAAAAUUUAAUUACACCAUACUAAAUAUUUCACCAAAUUUAAAUACUUCCUAUACAUACAACAAUAUAACUUCCCCGCUUUGUCCAAUUUUCCAUCCAGGAGAUAUCCUUCAGGAAGCAAAAGAGAAUUUUUCUGAAGUGGCAAUAAAGGGAGGAAUCAUUGCCACUGAGAUUAACUGGGACUGUAACUUGGACAGCUGAUUUUAUGUCUGCAGUCCAAAAUAUGCAAGGUACUACAUGCUACCACAUGGGAAGGAGCAGAGAACCCUUUUCAAAGUCUAUGGAAUACAGUUUGAUGUCCUUGUCUUUGACACAGUAAAUGCAAUUCUCCUUCCUUGUGGAGGGAGAAGAAAGCUUGCUAUUUCCUUAGCGCCAGUUCUGCCAUAUACCCCUCUCCUUUCUCCUGUCCAUCAUUCUGGGAUGGAAAUUUCUGGAGACACAGUCUCAUUAAGAAAGUGGAAUCACUACUUGCUUUUUUUUCGUGUGCAAGUUGUGAGUGCCAUUGAAAUUGCUAUUUGUGUAGGUAAUGACUCCAGCUGCGGCAAAUCACCGUUCUACAAAAUUUACAACAGGAAGAAGUAUGAGACUGUGCUGAAUCCAAGACAGGUGAUGUACGUGUCCUGUGUUGAUGAGCCACAUCAUCAGUGGUUAUCGUGGAUAAAGAAGCCUCUGAAAACAAGCUCGCAGCAUGCUCAAGGCAGCAUUUUUGAGAGCCACCCUGUGAAAUUCUGUGAUGCUGGCAGCUGCUGCACCAGUGAUGAGUCCAACAAGAACCAUAAUAAUGAACAAUGUGAGCUGGGACAAUCUCUUAGACAAGGGGCCUCUUCCCCAGACUGCCAAAAGUGGUGCUUCUGUGGCAAAUGCCAGCCAACACAGAAGUACCAUGAGCAGCUCUGCUGCCGAAGGAAAAAAGGGUAGUGCCUCACAACCUCCCAUUGGUUUCAGCAGCUGGUGCUGUCCAGUCACACCCUGAAGAAAGCCCUUCUCUACAAAGACCCCUUUCUGGACUCGACGGAUGGCAAUAUCAACGACCAGCUGUCCCCUUCUUACAAGCAAUGCAUUCACUGGCGCUGUGGCUCUUUUGAUCUGGAAGACAGAGCCGUCAUCCCAAGCUGCUGCAGGUGGAAGAUGAGAAAUACUUAACCCAAAGCUGUCAACAGCUAUACUGAUUUUAAGAUGGAAGGAGGAUGUAGCACAAUUUGA